AGGGCCAGACAGUUGGGCUGCUCACACAACGUCUGGCAGAUGCGCGCAGCGCAAUUGCUGCAGAGCUCCAAGAUGCGGCGACGGAGCGUGCUGCUCUUCGCGGCGAGCUUUUGAGUGAGGAGUCUCAACGUGAGAAACUUCAGGGAGCUCUUAUGCAUGAGGAAGCAGAAGCCAAUUGUCGAGUGGAGGCAGCAGAUCAACAAUUGGCAUCCAUGGUGGCUGUCAGAGAUUCCCUGAAGGCACAACUUCAAUCGGCUUUGAAAGUGCAGGUGGAGCUGAGAGAACACAUCGCUGCAGAGCGGGAGGGUCGCGCAGAAUUGGAGGUGGCAGGAGAGAGGGAGUUAGUUGCCUGGGAGCGAAUCAAGGAAAGCUCUUCUUCUCCUUGCCAGCUUCAGAGCGGUGCUCCUGACUCGCGCAGCAGGCUGCGCCAACACUUGAAUGCGGAGGCGGCCAUUUGUGAGCAAGAGGCACUGGCAUUCCGCGAGAGAGUGGAAGAGCUGAAGGAGGAGAUCCAGGAAAACGAAGACAGCAACCAGCGAGCAAUGGCAGCGCUGGGUGCUGUUGGGUGCGAAUGGCCACUGUUGCACGAGGAGGCUGAAGAGGCAAUAGAGCUGGCCAACGCGAAAGAAGCGGAAGUGGAAGGAGUGAAAAGGCGAGCCAGGGAUUUCCAGAAACAGCUGGAACGCAUACGCGAGGACAUUCUACAUUGCCAGCAGGAUCACCUAGCUCUGGAGCUGAAGAAAGAGCGGGAUUUGCUGAAUGAAGAGGUUCAAACCGAAGCUCUGCGGCAAGAGGAACUCUUCAUGGAGCUGGAUGCUGCAAGGCGAUCACGGAGCCUUUUCCAAUGUUUCUUCCCGCGGAAUCCUCGGCCGCCUCCACCCAGCACCCCUCCGCCUCAGAGGACGAAGCCACCCCCUCCGCGGCAAACAUUGCCACAGCCAGGAAACCUCGAACGUGCUCCUACAUCUGCGGGGUACACGCAAGGGCGAAGCAAUGAGGUUCAAACUGCGGCUGGGGAGUCUUCCAGUGACGACACGAGUGAAGACUCUGAGUCGGAUGAACCGGCCAGCGUGCCAUUACGCCCACCUCCACGUGGACGACCGCAGGGGGAGCCAGAUUUUAUUGAAAGCGAUGAAGUGUAGUCAUCACUUCUUCGCUUGUGGCUAGUUGAUGCGUUCUACAGGAGUGACGCCAAAGUGAUAAGUGAUAAUGUUUGGCCGUGAUGGCCUUUGCCUUCUGUCGAGGAAUUGACUUUGUUUACUUGGCUCCAUGUGUCAAUGUGAA